GUAUUAAAAUUGAUGUAGCAGUCCCUUCAUUUUAACAGGUGUAUACCAUAGCUGAUAGAGCAUGGUUUUUUGAAUUAUUUUAGACCUCAUCUUGAGCAUUUUCUAUGGGGUAAUUAAAAUUCAAAUGGCGCAUCAAAUCCAUUAACUGCCAUUUUGGUUAUUAAAACUAUUAAUUUCUGUCUCCAACGGAGGAACCGAAUUCGAUGAUCUUCACUUUUGGAUGCAAAAUUUGUUCCCGAUGAAUCAUGAGAUGCAAAUCAUGGCGCCAAAGGAUAGAAAACCAUUGGGCAGCAGCUUCCAAUUUAGGUCCAACAACCGUGCUCACUGAAAACAAACACCAAACGGUAUAUAAUUCGAUGUUACAUGAGCACCACCCGAUGUUACAUGAGCACCACCUCUUUCUAGAACUGGGAGUUUUCAACAAAGGUCGCAAGUUUCAAUGAGGUCAUUCCUUAACAUUUCGAAGAACUCAGCAAAAAUGGCAUUUGAGAGGUGUGAAAUUGCGAAAGAUGUUACGGAGUUAAUCGGAAACACUCCAUUAGUAUAUCUCAACCAUGUUGUUGAUGGUUGUGUUGCUCGUGUUGCUGCUAAGCUUGAGAUGAUGGAGCCUUGCUCUAGUGUCAAGGACAGGAUUGGUUAUAGUAUGAUCGCCGAUGCAGAGGCUAAUGGCCUUAUAACUCCAGGCCAGAGUGUACUUAUUGAGCCUACGAGUGGAAAUACUGGCAUAGGUUUAGCAUUCAUGGCAGCAGCUAAACGUUACAGGCUUAUCAUUACAAUGCCUGCAUCAAUGAGCCUUGAGAGAAGAAUCAUUCUCCGUGCUUUUGGAGCUGAGUUGGUCCUCACAGAUCCUGUUAAGGGCAUGAAUGGUGCAAUUCAGAAGGCAGAGGAAAUAUUGGCUAAGACUCCCAAUGCUUACAUGCUACAGCAGUUUGAAAACCCUGCCAACCCAAAGAUACAUUAUGAAACUACUGGACCUGAACUAUGGAAAGGCUCAGGAGGGAAAAUAGAUGCCCUUGUUUCUGGGAUUGGAACUGGUGGAACCAUAACAGGGGCCGGUAGAUUUCUUAAAGAACAGAACCCCAACAUAAAGCUGUAUGGUGUGGAACCAGUUGAAAGUCCUGUUCUAUCUGGAGGAAAGUCAGGUCCUCAUAAGAUCCAAGGAAUUGGAGCUGGUUUUAUCCCAGGUGUUCUAGACGUUCCUAUAGUCGAUGAAGUUGCUCAAGUAUCAAGUGAGGAAGCAAUUGAAACUGCAAAGCUUGUCGCACUGAAAGAAGGAUUGCUUGUUGGAAUAUCGUCUGGAGCUGCAGCAGCAGCAGCAAUCAAGAUUGCAAAGAGACAAGAGAAUGCUGGAAAACUCAUUGUUGCAAUUUUUCCAAGCUUUGGUGAGAGAUAUCUCUCGUCUAUGCUGUUUGAGUCGGUGAGGAAGGAGGCAGAAAGCAUGACAUUUGAGCCCUGAGUCGGUCCUGGUUUUAACAAGUUUUGGUCGCAAAGUUGGUUUGAAUCGAGUGGACAGUGCUGGCUAGACAUUUUACUUUUCUGAAGUUGGAGUUAUUCAAAUAAUGCAGUCUUUAAUUCUCCUGCUGAUUCUAGAAUUAACUAAAGAGAUAUGAUAAACUCGUUGCAUCGAUAUGUAUGGCAUCGUUGUGAUUUUUAGCAUAUUCUUAGCUACUGUUGAGAUUUAAUUUAAGCAGUAGUACAUGCUUGUUUCCUGUACUGCUGUGGAAGCUUUUUUAACUGAUUGAUGCUAUGUUUGUUAA